AUGGAUAUUGACAUACCUGUGACGGAUAACACGGCUCUUUUCAAGGCCCGGAUCAAAAUGUUGAAAAUGAAAGGGAGUUCACAGAGAACGUUGAGCGAGGAUCAAGAGGUCAAAGUUGCCAAUUCAGAGCAUUUCGAGUUGUAUGCGGCGCAUUCACGACAGAUCGGACAACAUAUCAGAGAACUGAGAGACCUUGUCCUAGAGAAGCGCAAAACAUACUUAUUGAGUACGGUUAAUGUCUAUGGCCACGACAACUUCAUGUCAGACUCGGAUCGGAGACAGUGUGAUGAAGAUACUGGUAAGGGAUUGUUUGCAUUCUCAAGAAUUUAGGUGAUAUUGUAAGGAGAUGAUUUUUCAGAAACGGCAAUGAGACAAUGCUCCAAACUAAUCAGAAACCUUGAAGUUCAAGUUGAAUCGGACGAGACUUUGAGGAGGACAGAUGAGUAUCCCCAUUUGAAAGCGAUCACCUUUCUUCUGAGCGUCUACCUGGAGAAUGUUUGUCGGAUUGUCGCCGAAUUGCGGGCCUUGCAACUGAAGAAAACACAGCAUUUGGGGAAGAUAUGUCGACUCGGGAAUUUGGUGGAAAAGUUCAAUCCUCAAAUCGAAAGGUUAAGGAAUGAAAAUGAAAAAAAGAAAAUUGAAUUGCAACAGAAAAAAGAUCGACUAACUGAGCGACUGGCUAUGAAGAAUAAACAGAACUUGGAGAGUGGCCAGGUGGAUGACAACAUCUUUAUAAGUGAGCCAGUCGAAGAAAACUUUGGAUUGCGUCAACGGAAAGAAGAGAAAAAACAAAAUGAGAGUUUCACUACAGGAAUUAACUACGAAGAAGAAGAUAAGGAGAAUCAGGACAUACAUCAUCAAGUGGAUCCUGUAGUUAUGGCCCAAUUGAUCGUGGAGAAUGACAGAAUCUAUGAGAAAUUCACUCAGCGAACAAACGAGAUCGAACUGAUUGAAAGUCAGUUUGCUGAAGUUCAGAAAUUACAGCGGACUUUUGCAGAAAAGGUAACUAUUAAGUCAUCACUUACUUAUUUACAUGGCAAGCCUAUUUUUCGGCCCGAUUUAAAUUGGCGAUAACUCUUUUCCGGCCGGAAACUUUUUUGUUUAUUGUUAAUUUUAACUAUAGUCGAGUAAAUGGGUAUAAGACAGGUGGUUCUGAGGAUUAAGGGAGAAAAAAAUCUUAACAUUUGGCCCACAGAUAAAGAACUUCAAGCAAGUCGGGCCGAAAAUGGUGCAUCCUGUAUUAAUUCAUCGAAUUUUAAUAAUUCGUCUCUUAGGUUGUUGAGCAAGAACGGGACAUCGAAAUUAUCCACGAUAAAACAAUCUAUACCUUGGAAAACCUUGACCAAGCUAACGAAUUUAUACGGGAAGCCAUCAAGAACUCUGCUAGUCGACGGGUGAUUGCUUUAUUUUGUUUGAUCGUACUCACAUUGACCUUACUUUUUCUUGAUUGGUAUAACGCCUGA